AUGGCCGGCCUUUCCGAUGCUCGAAAGGCUGCCCAAAAGGCUGCCCGCGAAGAGAAGAGACGAGAGGAGCGCCGUCAACUUCGUGAGCAGCGAGGUUAUGAUCCCAAUGCCUAUCUAGAGAAGGAUGCUCAACGGAGCUGGAGUAGAGCAUCUCCGGAGACGAAAGAGGUAUACAGGAAACGGGUGCGCAUGUACGAGGAGUUCCUAGUCGGGCAGAAGGGAAUGCCUAAGGGCUACAAAGUCGGAAAGGAACAUCCAGUCCCAACGCUCGAGGAGCUCAAGCAACUGUUUCGAUGGUACAUUGAUUCUACAAAGGGCAGACUCGACCCCCAAGGACGGCCGACCAUGAAGACGACUCUUAUCCGAGCCCAAGAAUUUGUUCCUGGGUUUGCCCUCGAAACUGGAAAGCCCAUUGCUCAACAGGAUGCCUCUGAGCUCUACAGCUGGAUUGAGAAAGACUUGGUGAAAGAUAAGUUUAUUAAAGCAAUCGAGAAGCCGAAAUAUAAUAUCAAGCCUGGCGAUUUUGAGCGUGGGAUGAGGACUCAUUGGGCAGAUGAUGACCCACUUUUCAUGUCUGGGAGGUUUCGGGUGCAAUUCCAUUUCGUUACUCUCCUGUACUUUUGCACAGGUGCAAGGGUGGCCGCACUUUGCCCUAAGUCCAAGAACAAAGCUGAACAAGGCCUGCGUUAUAAGAUUGGAUAUCGGCUUAAUCAGCACUGGGUGAAGAACAACAUAGACCCCGACAAUACAGCACUCGGCGCUGCAAUAUGGGACUGCGAUGAGCCCCUUUAUGCUGGAGCACUUUUUCUGCUUGCUCUUGCUAUCGCUGAUGGUGCUCUCUUUGGCUAUUCGUCUGCCGCGGAUUUCUUCGAGCAAGUGAUCCCGCCAGGACUUAAUCAGCUUCCACUUAGGUGGAAUGAGGAGGCUUUGGAUUGGUGCAUUAUCAGACACACAACAGCGAAAGGAGUCAGCGAGGAUCCACUGUCGAAGGAACGAUACCAGGACGCUUUCCGCCAGAUCCUCCGGAAAAUCUAUCUUAAUACUCCCACCAUUCACGAUUACCGCCGCCAUCUAGCAGAAUCCGUCAAGGGCCUUCGUCGCAAGUUGACAAUACAGAAGGUACUUGAACUUGAGUCGGAUGCUCUGCUCGUCAAAAUGAGGGCUGAGAUCGAUAAUGCGGGGACCGCUGGUGAUCGUGAACGCUUGAACGCUGAGUAUCGGGCCCAGAAAAAAAGGAUCUAUGCACGCAAGUUUGAACGGUUUCGAAAGGACUACAUCUCUACCGAUCAACAGGAUUACCGGCGACACCUUCACGAUGUACACCAUUACAACAAGGCUAUUUGCGUGCCAUCCGAGAAAGCCCGCAAGAAGCGAUCUUCCUCUGAGAUAGAUGAGGAAUCUAUCAGAGACGGGAACCCACCUAAGCGGGAGAGGCGCCCCCGGAAGCAACAGAAGAAGUCUUCGGCACCACCGCACGCUAGUCCAAAGGAUCUGAAGAUCAUCCUCUGGGAACCUCCCACAACACAACCCCAGGUCAUGUUUCCUCUUCCCGCUGAGGCGGUGCAUGAGAAUGAAGAGUGCCUGACGGAUCUGGCCUACCAAGCGGCCAAUCACUGCGAGCACUUUAACGAAAUGCUUUGUACAAGUCCGGAUGACGACAAUAUCCGCUCGGCCUUAUCUGAUAUUAUGAAUGUCACUGAUAGUCCUCGCCCCUCAGCAAUUGGCUCGGUUCCCAGCGCUACUGUAAUCAACCCGCGGAUCCUGGAUAUAUCUACCACUAUCUUAUCCUGGUCAGAAGGGAAGCACCAACAGCUCGAUGAGUGUGACCUCAGAGAGCAGUUGGCAAGCAGCUCUUUGGCAGAGAGGCCUGGGAUUGAUUUCCCACCUCAAACGUUGUGCGCAGGCCCAGCCCUGGACAGUACCGAAUCUCAAGGCGAUACUGUUCCCGAGACCGGCAACUCGCUCAUUUUUUCCGCAUUGUCACCUCAAAGUCCACUGAGCAAAGAGUCGGUGCGAUGA